CGGACCCGUCCCCAGCACUCCACCAACAGUCACGCCACCACCGCCGAUCUCCCCGGCGGCGACCGUCGAUGGCGAACCCGAGGCGAGCCAUCGCGCUGCACGUCCAGACGCAGCCGCCGCCUCUCCCCACGUCGGCCGCCGCCCUGCCGCCGCACUCCUCCCUGUCUUCGUCGCUGCUGCACUUCCUGAAGCGGCCGGCGUCCUUCCCAUUCCUCCUCUCCCUCUUCGUCCUCCUCACCUGGCUCUCGCUCCGCUUCCACCGCCCCUCCCCGCCCCCGUCGCUCGGAGGCCGCCCCGCCGUCGCGCACGAGCCCCAUGCCAACCUCGUCCGCUUCCCCGCCGAGCUUCACCCCACCCCCAUCGCCCGCGACGGGCGCGGGUGGCUGCUCGACCCCGUCGCCGCCGCCCGCGACGCCGGCCUUCCAGGUGGUGCAUUUGCUUGUUUAUCGCUGCACGUAGGACAGAUCCAACCUGGUGGUUUACGUGGCAAUCAUCGUCACCAUACAUGCAAUGAAACAUUCGUCAUCUGGGGUGCAAAGACAAAAUUCAGGUUAGAAAAUGCUGAUGUAAAAGACAAGGGAUAUGGAGAGGCCAUAAUUGCGGCUGAUGAGCUCGGUAUUGUUGCAAGUACAAGAUCAACUGCACAUGCCUUGAUCAAUAUGGAUGUGCAACCUACCUUCUUCAUCGGAUGUCAGGAUACAACGAUAUAUCCCAACAGCUCAAAUACUGACUACAAGGUCUGGAAAGAUCUAUGACACACACAUUGUUAGUAUAAUCUGAUGAUGAGGAAUUGUCUGGUCAAAUAUGAUGGGUACAAAUGGGAAGCGACUUGGAGCCUGGGUAUAAUCGUAGUUCAUUCUAUGGUCAGAUAUUCAUGUAUAGUUGCUGGGGGCUGGGGCAGAAGCAGUUGACCAAACAUUCUUUUGGCUGUCAUGGUUUUCAUUUUGGUAGCAAGGGUUAUUUUUCAUUUUUUUUCCUCUGCUGAAUAUCAUCGCCUAGUCUGAUGCUCGUAUCUCAUUAUGAUCAACUUUCUUAAAUGGUGGUUGCUAAAUUUAUAUUUGGAGAUUCACUGGAAUAUUA